UGCUCCGAACCGAGACUAGCAAACCGAGCGGUUCGGGUGUUUUUUCAUGAACCGUGCCAUCUCUACUUUCCACAGAUGGCAUCAGGCUUUCUGUUUGCUUUGUUGCUCUGUUUGUCCAUCGGACUGUUGGCUGCAUCUUGUUGUGGACAAACCUCCUGCCCAGGAGACCAGAGAGCAGAGGAUCACUCAGUACCAUGAGGAAGCUGACACUCCAAGUGUCCUGGGUCUGAGGGAGGGAUCCCUGCUGCUGGUGGAGGGAAACAAAGCCACACUACUGGGAACCACCAAGGCCAGACUCUUCACCAGCUGAACUGGAAGUUGUUAUGUCCCUCCUCGGUGAAGGCAAAGCUCUUAUUUCUGCCACGAGGAGCGAGCAUUGAGGAGGAAUCAUCGAGGAGCUAUGAGUGAGGAUACAGAGCGCAGUCUUCCUGGAAGCCGUGCAGCUGAUAAAUUCAUUUGUUGCUUCAGAGGAAAGGACGUCUCAUUCCUCUAAAAACCAUUUGCUCGUUGCCUCUCUUCUCCUAUGAUUUCCUCAUGUCGCUCCAGGGCUUCCUUGGUGGAAGGGACUAACAUGCGAGGAAGGGAGGCAAGUAGAGGAGUCAGGGAUGCAAUUUAAGCGAUAUGAGAUGCAGCUAUUAGUGUCGAAACAGUUGGCCCUCUGGCCCAAAAAAAACAUUAAACUUUACAGUAAAACUUUCCCCACAGAUUUACAUGGAGAAAGAGAUGUCUGUAAAUCAGUGGAGACAUUUUUUGGGCCAUCACAUCCCUCCAUGAAAUGACUUGUUUCACUUUCAGAAUUUGAUCCAUUCGGUCCGAUAACAUGUGGAAAGUGUAAAAGAGCCGCAUGAUUAAAUCAUUUAAUCCCCAUUUAAGUUAGCGGAGCACUAAACAGGAAUGUCCAUAUCAGUUGGACUAGACUUUAAAUGGUAUUCACUGUACCCUGCCAAUUCAAGGAACGGCAAGAGGCUCGGUUGUCUUUGACUAAAUUACGAACUGGCUUAGUGGUGUAAUCUGUGUCAUGUCCUGCCUCCUGCACACUCUACCAAAACGCCACCGCUUGCCCAAACCAAACAGAAGAUUUCUAGAAAGUGAGAAUGCAUCUGACACGGCCAAUCUCUUGUUCUGUGCUACAUGUGAGAAAGGGAAACUCCGGACUAUGUUUGCACCUGACUCUACAGAGUUCAUAAUAGGAAAGAAAAAAGUGUUGGAAGAAGUAUUCAGAUCCUUUAGGGUUAGGGCUGCAGUGAAAAUGUUACUUCAGUAAAAGUCUCUAAGCAUCAUCAGGAAAAUGUAGUUAAAGAAUUAAAAGUAGAGAACUCUCUUCCCAGGACUCUCUUCAGCUGGACUUGUAGGCCAUUAUAUUGUUGGCUAGUUUCAUUUAGAGUAAAACUAGAUUUUAUAAACUACAUGUGUUUUGCGUGCAGAAAUCUUAUUGUGAAAAGUAACUAGUAACUAAAGCUGUAACAGAUGAAUGUAGUGGAGUAAAAAGCACAAUGUUUCUCUCUGAAAUGUAGCAGAGUAGAAGUAGAAAGUGGCAUGAAAAGAAAAGUCUCAAGUAAAGUACAAGUACCUCAAAAUUUGGACUUGAGUAUAUGUUACAGUUACAUUCCACAAGGCAAGCAUGUGACCUCAAGCUGGUCUGUCUCUAAUUGGUUUCUUGAAGAUUCUCCUCCAGGCGCACUGCAUCCCUGGCGAAUCAGAAUUGGAUAUGUGUUAUUUUAUCCAAUCUGAUUGAUUCUUGACACCUGUCAUUCAACUUCACGCUCUUGGCCGCUUAACAUACCAUCACUCUGCCAAAACCUUGCAAGCUGACAAUCACACAAAUCACUUUUGUAGAGAUAAUGGCAGCAGCUAAACCAAAUUAUGUCAUUGAUCUUCCAAAAAACCCUUUCACAAGGCGUUCGCUGGAAGAAAAAAAGAGGAUAAUGGAUCUCGGACCGGACCACCAGCAGCAGGCCAGUGACCGAGGACGAAGCUACACCGUGGGCUUCACCGUGGGCUUCACGAAACAUUAUUAUGCGAAACAGAGUUGGCUGGCUGGAUGUGAUGUUAUCAAUGCCUUUGCUUUCCCUGUAAUUUAUUUCAAAGUGUCGGCACUGAGGUUUUGUGGACAACAACGGGGGUAAGACUCUUACCCCCGUUUCAUGCUAUUAUCAAGAUGGCUGCGGCUAAUUUCAUGACGUUUCUUAAAGAAAAUGCAAACGUCAUGAAAUUAGCCGCAGCCAUCUUGAUAAUAGCAUGAAGCUAACAAAAUUUGGCAGAGUUAGCAUUGCUGAAGAACUAGAUGAAGGCUACAGGAUUGGCAUUAGAAAGCACAAGGAAGAGGACACUUACUGUCCAGGAUAAUAGAGUGUGUGAAAUAUUGUGGAGCAUUUGAGCACAGAAAGGAUCUGAAUCUCUGUUUUGAGAACAUACAAGACUCAGGUGACUUCGACCCCAAUACUGUCAGAGAAGCAGGAGCCCUGGGCAUGCUAC